GUUUUUAGGGUGAUGGGUUUUUUUUUUUUUUAACUGGAGGAGGUUGAUUUUUUUAUCACUUUGUUUAAAAAGGGUCCAGAUGAUCACCUGUUCCUGCUGAGUGCUCCAUCUUCACUAACGAGGCUUCACUUCCUCUCACCGGCCCAUUACCAGACUGUUUCCCCUCGCGGCCUCCAUUAUGCUGGGUGACUGAAACGAACGUGAUGCAUCAUGGAAACACCUGAUCCAACGCAGAGAGGGUCCUAAUACAGGCUGCGAGCUCAGUUUUUACUGAGGUCAUUAGGGCUGGGGGGCAGAUGGAGCCGUCCAUUAGCUGCUGAAACUGGACAAAGUCAGGUUUCCAUUUUUAUCUGGAUAUUUGCGAUUCAGAGACAGAUCUGAAAGAUGACAUAAUGCUCGUUAAUUUAAUUAAACUCUUUUUUUUUUAAUCAGGAAAUCUGUGAUGAUUUGAUUUGAGAUUGUGUUGGUUUCAGUUUGAUCACUUAUCUUAUUCCCACGUCUGUUUCCUCAUUAUCAAUAAGAGGCGAAUCUGAGAGUUGGUCCGGCUCCUGCAGAGCAUCUCCAGAUCCUGAGAGGAUGAGAGAAACCAGAUGCUGUGGACGGAGGGAGCAGCAGGACAGGAAGGGAGGCUGGUGGGGGCGAGGAAAAGCAGUGUGAUGGGAGUGGAGACCUGCAGAGCCUAUAGGGAAUCAGAUUCCUCAGACUGAGAGGAAAGGAGGAGCCAGACUUCCUUUCGAGCACUCCCAGUCUUUUUAAAAAGCCUGUCCCAGGACUGCUCCCUGUGAGUCCCAGACCUCUGGACCUCCUCACUCUGAGAUCUUUGUCCUGAUUUCUCUGGACGACCACCUUUCAGGACUGAAGAUGGAUCCUGGAGGUUCAUGCGUCCCAGAUGAUCCAGACGUGAGGCGGAUGAUGGAAGGGUCGACUCUGAGGAAAGUCAAGUCCCGCCUCUGGAAGAGGCAGAGACACUUCCGUCUUCUGGAGGACGGCCUGACGAUCUGGUACAAGUCCAGAUGGGCAGGGAAAGGCCACUCCACCUUUUCAGUGACAGACCUGGAAGCGGUCCGUGAGGGACACCAGUCUGAGGUCCUGCUGAGCAUCGCGGAGGAGUUUCCUGCUGAGCUCUGCUUCACCUUCGUGUUUCACGGACGCCAAGGCAACCUGGACCUCGUGGCCGAGUCUCCAGAGGAGGCGCAGGCCUGGAUCAACGGAGUCCGGAAGCUGAUCCACAAAGCCCAAACAAUGGACGAGCAGGAGAGGCUGGACCACAGAGUGCCAUGUCACUGGACGGCUUCCAGGUGUACCUGUGCUCCCAGGAGGGCUCCAUAUUCAAACCUGAGUACCUGGAGCUCCAACAGGACAUGAGUCAACCGCUCAGCCACUACUUCAUCUCCUCCUCGCACAACACCUACCUCCUGGAGGACCAGCUCCGAGGACAGAGCAGCCUGGAGGCUUACAUCCAGUGAGAACUAGUGGAUGCUGCUGUAGAGGGUUAAAAAGUUAGAGCGUUAAAGGGGGACUAAGACCCUCUGAGUUGUUUUAUAACUUUAAAGUGCGUGUGACAUGUAUCAUCCAAAUACAAAAAGUCAAAGAAAAUAUCUUUAUAAUUAAGAAACRUGGCUUAWUYCARAUGAUUUUACAG